AUUCUUUCCCUGGUUUCCCGAGUGCCUCGAUCGGACGGAGGUAAUUAGAGAAAUUCACAAAGGGAAACAAAUCCCCGGUUGUGGUGGUAAUAAUUAUGACAUGGGCUAGAUCUUGGAAGCUGCCAUGAAUGAAUGUGAUGAUGGUUCGACUAGCCCGUAUCCUGUUUGGGAUCAUAGCAAUAACAGGCGUGAUUAUCGACAAAACAUCCGCGUCCAAGACACAACACGGUAAUUUGACAAACAGGACAACAAUCAACGCCGAUUCGAAGACAGUGAUUACCCAUGGAAAUGUCCAAGAAGAAGUACACAAAACGAAGGGAAAAGUAAUUUCCCGGAAAAGUAGAUCACCGCAAUAUGGGGGUUUGGGCUUCAGGACGGGACUUGCUCCGCUUGGGCUGCCUUAUGCGGGGAGGUAUGGCCCGGCCCUGGGACUUCAACCCGCUGCAGGGUUUCAAACAAUGGGGCAACUGCGAGGGUAUAUUCCACAAGACAACCGUCUGCUUGCAAACACAGGGGGUUAUAGACUGCCUUAUAAUCUGCAACUUGCUAGAUUACUCUCAACGCUAAAUUUACUACAGGCCAGAUCGGCCAUUGGUGUUUCCCCGGCAUCGCGCCUUGCGGAGAUAAACUAUAAGCCACAGAGGUUAAAGUAUGACUCGAUUCCUUUGAAACCGGAGAUGUUGAGCCAAGGGUUGGGUACGUCGGAGCUGCCAUUGUUACUUGGGGCUAAUGCGUACGGAGCGGGACAACUUGGUGGAGUUGAUGGAGCAGAUGACGAUGACGACGAUGGAGACAGCGAUGGCUUCUGUUCAACUAACCCUUGUCACAAUGGCGGGAAAUGUAAAAAUCUUCUCUAUGGAUUCCGUUGUGAAUGCAAGCAGGGAUAUACCGGAAAACGAUGUAAAACUCAUAACCCGUGUGCGCCUAACCCCUGUGAACACGAUGGGGAAUGCUCAGUAGCUGGGAAGAGCUACGACUGUUCCUGCUCUCUUGGAUGGAAAGGAGAGAAAUGCGAAGUGGAAGACCGCUGUCAACCGAAUCCCUGCAUGAAUGGCGGCUCAUGUACGGAACUCACAGACGGGUAUGACUGCACAUGUAUGCACGGAUUUCGCGGUAAAAACUGCCAAGAUCGCCGUGGUAGCUGUUCGCCAAACCCUUGCCUCAAUGACGGGCACUGCAUCGAGAAACCCUCGGGAUUCGAGUGCGUUUGCCGGCCUGGAUACUCAGGCAUGGUCUGUGCAGCAUCCCAAGGGAAGUGUCAGAAAAAUCCUUGCAUGAACGGUGGCAAGUGCGUGGAGACGCUGAGCGGUACUGGGUACGAGUGUAGUUGUCCGUCUGGAUAUCGUGGCGAAGUGUGUGAUGAGCCAAGCCCAUGUCAAGCCAACACGUGUCAGAACGGGGGCACGUGCUUUGAGACAGAUACCAGCUUCAGAUGCAUGUGUAAAUCUGGAUUCAGCGGGAGAUCGUGCGAAGUUCGUCAUAGCUGCCAGGCGGACACGUGCCGUAAUGGUGCGCGGUGUAUAGAACACGAAAAUGGCUUCAAGUGCGUUUGCGCACCCGGCUACAGGGGUCUAUAUUGUGACGAUAUGGAUCGAUGUCAUCCGAAUCCAUGUGAUAACGAUGGUGAAUGUGUAGAGACGACCAGCGGUUAUAGGUGUCACUGCCAGGCGCGCUACAAAGGGACGCAUUGCCAGGAGCUGGAUAUGUGCGUACCGAGUCCCUGUAAAAAUGGUGGGCAAUGCCUCAGUUUUCAAGGCGGAUUCAAGUGCUUGUGCCAGAGUGGUUACAGUGGAGACACGUGCGAAGACAAGGAGCUUUGUGAUCCAAACCCCUGCCGUAACGGAGGCUCGUGUUCCCACGAGACCGGCGCGCGCAGAUGCUCCUGCAGGACAGGGUUUACAGGCGACCACUGCGAACUUAUUGACAACUGUCUGUCCAACCCAUGCCAGAAUGGUGCAACGUGCAACAGCGUGGCUGGGGGUUUCACGUGCACGUGCACUCCUGAAUAUAGAGGAACCUUCUGUCACGAGAAAAAGGCAUGUAACCCUAACCCAUGUGACAAUGGCGGGAAAUGUCUAUCUACGUCAUCAGGGUUCGUGUGUCGUUGCCCUAAGGGAUUUACUGGAGAGACAUGUUCAGACGAGGAUCAGUGUGAGCCAAACCCAUGCGAAAACGGCGCGCGCUGUAUCAACAGGUACGGAGCGAAGGGUGGGUUCGCCUGCGAGUGCUUGGAAGGAUUCAGAGGCACUACAUGUAGAGAUAAAGAUCCAUGCCACCCUGAUCCGUGCGCCAAUGGGGGCGUGUGUACUGAGAUCGGUGGCGGUUUCACCUGCAAUUGUACGCUAGGCUUCAAGGGGUCGACAUGCUCUGAAGUCAACGCGUGUCUACCGAACCCUUGUCAGCACGAAGGGGUGUGUAGGGAGGUUGUGGGAGGACAAGGCUUCGUAUGUCAGUGCAGGCAGGGAUACAAGGGAUUGCGAUGCGGAGCGAAAGACCGCUGCCACCCAAAUCCGUGUAUGCAUGACGGCGACUGCAUGGAGAUCAAUGACGAAUUGGGAUUUCUGUGCAAUUGCACUUCGGGAUUUCGUGGGACCCAUUGUCAAGACAAAGAUCCAUGCAAGCCUAACCCGUGUGCUAACUCUGGGCUGUGUAUUCACACUUCUGAUGGCGGGUUCGUUUGUAACUGCACCAUCGGCUUUAAAGGACACGAUUGCAAAGCUCGUGACCUGUGUAAACCGAACCCCUGCCAGUACGGCGACAAGUGCAUCCAAGAGGGUACAGAGAGCUACCAGUGCGUCAAGAAGAUGUGCGAGCCCAACCCGUGCCAACACGGGCGCUGCAUCGAGGUCAAUGACGAUGACUAUCAAUGCGCCUGUGAUGCAGGGUAUACAGGGAAAAACUGUGAAACGCAUGACCGUUGCCAUGACAACCCAUGCAUGAACGGAGGCACGUGUACCUUAACGACUGACGCGAGCGGAUACAAAUGCGCAUGCGAAAACAAGUAUAAAGGCGCGAAUUGCACAGAAAUGAAUGCUGAUAGCCGUCAAAAGGUUCCAACAACUAAACCUACAGAAGUCAAAAAAGAUUUCUGCUCGCCCAACCCUUGUAAAAACAACGGCGUGUGUGUGUCACGUGGUGUGGGCUACCACUGCAAGUGUAAACGCGACUUCAAGGGGCCGCAUUGCGAGAUGGUAAAAAAGCACAAACCUAAGCCACCCCCGGAGUCUGUCGUUGACCUCUGCACACCGAGCCCAUGUAAAAACCGAGGGGUUUGCGUACAGGAAGGGCUGGGCUACACUUGCGCCUGCAAACCAGGUUUCAGCGGCUUCCAUUGUCAAGUGGACAUGUGCGACAUGAAUCCAUGUAAAAAUGGUCGGUGCGUGGCGGAUGAGAAGGCUGGGUACAAGUGCGUGUGCCACAGCGGAUUUGUGGGUAAAAACUGUGACGAGAACUACUGCGUGCCCAACCCGUGUUUGAAUGGCGGCAUCUGUAAGUCCGUCGCCGACAAGGGCUACCAAUGCAAGUGUAGGGAGGGCUAUAAUGGGCCGCACUGCGAGCGGAGCCCGUGUGCACCCAACCCCUGCCUUAACGGGGGCACAUGCGUGGUGUUCUACACGGUCCAUCUCUGCAAAUGUCCUGCGCACUACCGCGGAAACCGAUGCGAAGCGUCUUUGCUUGGGAGACCAUCAGACACAUUAAUGGAAGAAGCCGUUCGUAAGGCCACACAACCUGAUCGACCUGCCCUGCAAGUUCACCCACCGUCUCAUCCAGUAAAGGCAUCACAAUGUAGUCCAAGCCCCUGUAAGAACAACGCAGUGUGCCUUGAGACAAUUAACGGCGGUUUUGAAUGCUUCUGCCGCGGCGACUUCUCUGGGCCCAGAUGUGAAGAUUCUGGUGAAUAUACAUACUCCUCGGCCCCCAAGUUUUUCCCUGGCCCGGGAGAGGAAUGCAAGCAUUGUGACAGAAGUGCUCAUUGUGUUGGUGGUCACUGCAUUUGCAAGGAAGGCUUUGUCGGCGACGGCCUUGACUGCUGGGCUGAGCGCCAGGAGGAUCGUGAUUGGGCAUGUGACGUCAAUCCUUGUAAGAAUGGAGGCACGUGUAAACCAGGCAUCGGGAACUGUGUGUGUCGCCUUGGGUAUAUCGGACAGUAUUGUGAAGAAUUCAUCCCGCCUUCCAUUCACCUGAGCUUCGAUAAGAUGAAAAUGGGAACAGUACUGGAUGAGUCGGGCGACGAUAACAACGCUGUCAUAGCCAACGGCGCCGAGAUUGCGUCACACAGUGGGCACUGCGGUAAUGCUGCAAAUCUCCAAGGCGGCGACAUUCUCCUUGACGGUGCCCACUUUGCUGACAUUCCUCGCAAAGGCAUCACCAUAGCAACAUGGAUCAAGCUUGACACCAUAUUAGGAGUGCAAUCGAUAUUCGACACAGUUGGAAGCCACUCCAAGCACAGAGAUGGGCAGUACCAUCUAGAGGUUGAUGACGGCAAGGUCCGUUGGUUCCAUCGUAACGAGAACCACCAGACCAUCUUUAGUGUGCUGACCCCGCCAGUUUUGACCGAGGGGAAAUGGACCCAAGUUACAGUCACAUAUAGCUCUGACUACAGCCGAGCAAGGGUCUUCGUUGAUGGCGAUAUGGUUGCUGAGGGAAGAGGACAUGGUUUUCUCUCACAAGACUGGGCCGGCAAAGCAGGCAUAGGCAAGCACGAGCAUAUUUUUGGCAGCCGCCUUUUGCGUGGAAUGGUCGACGAGUUUUUCAUCUUUCCGGGUGAACUCCCAAGACUCGAGAUUCUCGUGCUGAUGAGACACUGCAAGGUCUACUUCACAAAAUCGCACAAAAAGACACAACAAGCAGUUGCACGAGGACCACCCGGGAUUUUCUCGCCGUACUCACCGGGUAUUCAAAACUACAUUCACCCGAUGGUGCAACCCGCGUACGUGCCAAAUCCCGUAUACUCCCCGGGAAUGGCACCUCCAGUGCGCCAAUACCAGCAGCCAUCUAAGUCUUCAGACACCAUCGCCAGUAAUCUGGAGAAGAUUCUAGACAGCUUUGAGGAGGGAGAGCCGAGUAGUAGACACCAGGUUUCCGUGUCACAAGAACCACAGAUGCCAGGUACCUCAUACGGUACUUACCAGUACCGUGACAAGCCCCGCCCAGGAAGACCUUACCCCUCCACCAACAUGGCCUAUGGGUUCGGCCCUAAACAGUCGCCACGGCCAAUGCACCAGCCUCCUGUAGGCUACCUGCCACGCCCUAUAGGAGGCCCCCAGCCGAGUCAAAUGCAGGGGCGAUUGGCCUAUUCUCUCACUCCGUACGACAAGCCGCCAGGGGGAGUAUUCGCUCCAGGGCAAAUGAAAGACGCCUUGAGAUUCCGAAACGGCGGACUCGUUUCCGCGUCGCAAUCUCCCGUAUCUAAUUUCGCCGCCAUGAGAAAACCCCCCUAUUCUCCGCUCCAGGCAAGGCAAAGUCAAUAUAGCUACUAUAAGAACCCGCCAGGUUUACAGCAAGCAGCCAGGGACGUCCAGAACACGUGGUUUAAGAGCGUUCCCCCGAGACCCAUCCCUGUUACUCAGCAACGUGGUCAGCUGCACGUGUUGUCUAGGGCGCCCCUACGCUCAAUGACGUCACGUCCUGGCAUUGCAAUGGCGUCAAGGCGAUUUGGGCCAAUCAGGCCGCAGUACCAGGCGUAUCGGCAGUUCGUCUCGGCGCCGUAUAGGAGACUACCCUCGUUGUCGUGGAAACAAAGGGAAAUGCAGGGACUCGGGCGAAAUCAGGUAUCGUAUGGGAUGACGGGUAAAAUACCGCUGUACAACGGACAGCCAAGCACUUUGCGAACUCCCUCUGACGAUGGACACUUUAACGCAAUAAGAAUGCCACAGAAUAACGAACAGGCCAACAGACGUUUGAACGCGGUUUGGAUCCCACCUCACAGUGGACCCGCUUUUAACGAACAGCCAUCUCCACAGACUACCCUUCAUGACGACAUAUCAUCACAACAAAACGCGCCCCAACCACCCCUCCCUACAGGACCCGAACAAAACUCCGAUGGAUCACGUGACGCGGGCGGAAAAUACGUUGAAAACUUGCAAGGAAUUCUCGAUAAGUUGCAAGUUCAUAAACCAGGAGUGUCUAAGAUGAUAGACCCAAGUAAGUACCUUGCAUUCAGGCUUAAACCAGCACCCGUCAAGUCACGUGAUCCGUUUGACCUGUACGAGCCCGCGGUGCACCAGCUGAAUUCAGCGCUGCAGAAACUUAUGGGUCAGCGGCAGGUUCAGUUUCAGCCGGAGCAGUUAAAGUUUAUCAUUGAGCUGCUUGAGAAAGCUAUUAGGCAACUGGAGCCAUCUAACACGCUUGCGCAACCCAAGGGAACAGCUGUUCAAAGUGACAAACGUAACAGUAUACGCUUCAUUGUCCCUCACAUGAAUACAAUGACGGCUAGAAAUGGAUUUACAGAACAGACGAGAAAUAUAAAUCCUACUUUGACUGAUUCCACUAGAAACAAUAUCCACAAACCCUCGUAUACAAUAAACACAAAUACAGGCUUCACCAGAAACAUCAUUACCAGUCCAACAGGUUUUAGAGGAAACUAUGGCAAUUCUUUUUACACUGGUCAAACCAGACAGACAGGACUGACAAGAAACGUCAUUUACAGAAAUCCAUAUCAACCAAUCACAUAUGACUAUAGAACUAUUGGAGAGCAGAGGCAGCGUGUACGUUUCCUCGCUAAGAGACUCUCUAAAAUACUAAAGAGAAAACGAAAAUCCGUCUCGAGAAAGCGACGAAAGAGGAGGGUCACAAAACGCAACGAAUCUCAUGCAAGGUAAUGCCGCAUGGGUGCUUGCACGAUGUACAUAAACUGUAACACGUCCAUUGAACGGUUAAUGACGCUUUAGGGACAUUAAGGGUAACGUAUGUAUUAACUCUAUGAGUUAACCUAUAUACUGUAAAUACAAAAAAAAAUAAACUACCAUAUCUAUGUACGCCAUUAUUAGGUGGCCUUAGCAACGACAGUGACACUAAAAUAACGGAAUUGAUUUACAAAUUCAGAUUCUGGAAAAGAUUUUCACAAUAAAAAGUUAGUAGCUUAGGGCUUGUCCGGGCCACUUCUAGCAUUUUUUUUAUCGAAUUCCCGUUAUUAAAUCUUCAAUUAUACCUGGUUUCUCGAAAGCAAAGUACAUUGGUUAUCGUAUAAAUUUUUGGAUUCUUUCUUUUGGCCGCACAGACUUCAAUUUAUAAUCAUUUUAUUUUAGGAUAAACGUUAAGAGAAUGUGUCGUCGUUACCUAAGACUCCUAAUAACGACGUUAUUUACUAACAUUACGUCAUCAAAUACGUCAGACAUACCAACAGACGUACAAAACCGACUCUCAUCAUACGGGGUCUUACAUUACGACGCGCGCUGCCGUGGCCACUACGAGGUUUUCAGAAAGUUAGCCUAUUGGCAUUCACUGAUAUUAUAACUAGAGGAUUUGCCAUCGUAUACUGUUCGGUCAAGCAUUACUUUGAAAUGGGUGCCAGUCAGAUAGCACAUAUCUCGCAUCCUUAUUGGCUCACAAGCAGGUGAGAUGGCCACGGUAGCGUGCGUCGUAUUGUAAGAGUAUGUUCUGGGUAUAUUUUUCUCUAAGGGGGACAAAAAGCAUGCCUCUAGGUUUUUCUCGAUUAUUUUGAGAUUCAAAAUGAGCGUCCUGUUAACACUCUUUAUCGCUAAUUGUAUUAUUUAAUCUGUAAAUAUGUUUGAUAACCUAACAAGUGAUAAUUUAUCAUCAUGCUCUAACUAAACUAAACUAAAUUACAGGGAAGCCUCGUUAAUACGGACAAAGUACAAAGCUGUUCUUAUUAACGGGGUGCCCCGAUUUAAAACUCCAAGGAUCUGGACCUUCCCCAGCGGCCAUUUUGCCAUAUCAAAAUAACAAGCAUGAGAGCAUUUACUUCCGUCGGCUGAUUUUGGGAAGUUUUUAUGAUAUUUUCAAUAGAAUACCGUAAAUGAAGUAUAGGACUUUGUUUUUAGAUGGCCAUUGCGAGAUUUACAAAUUGACUAACGACGCUUCACUUUGCUUGCAUGCCCUAGGCAAGUAAGCUGAACUUGAGUAGCAUUUUGCGGGUCGAUGAUAAAAAUUAGGUGCCUAGCUAAAGGAAUUGUGGGGUUGUUUAGGGGGGGGGCUGAUUGUUAGCCAAUAUAUCUUCCAUGUGCAAAGCGAUCCCACAAUUUCUCAUGCCAUAAUCCCAGAUCCAGGCCUCAACUGGUGGAGACUGGUGGAGACUCCGGAACGCCUCAUUCGAAUGGUGUUCAUGAAGUUUAAAUUGGAAGAGGUUUAUUCACAAGUUUUCGGCAUCCCAAAGUAUUCCACAGAAAGAAUCAGAUAAGGUCGUUAUAUUUGGAUUCCACACUAAACUUUGAAUAAACAAAUCUUUUAAGUGUUUAAGUUUGCAGUAUAGACAGUGUUUAUACCGCAAGCUUUGGUAAGAUGUCAAUAGCCGAAUCAACUAAUUUUCAAGAAAAUAAAAAAGACGUACAAAUGUAGAAUCUCGCCUUGACAAGGUGGUAAACUGUAACACCUCAAGGUGCGAGUUUUUAGACAGCAUUAAAACAAAGAAGAUGUUUCUUCAUGAUGGUGAUUAAACAGUAUUAUAACACGA